GGCCGCGCCGGAGGACGCCGUCUCCUCCCCCACAAUGCAUCGCGGCAGGCAGCCUUUGAAAAAGCGGCGCGGCUCCUUCAAGAUGGCGGAGUUGGAUCAGCUGCCUGACGAGAGUUCCUCAGCAAAAGCCCUGGUCAGUUUGAAAGAGGGAAGCUUAUCAAAUACAUGGAAUGAAAAAUUCAGUUCUUUACCGAAAACAACCAUUUGGAAAGGCAAAAAUUCAGGAGCUACUGUAGAAAUGCCUUUCAGAAGUUCAAAACGAAGUCGUUCUUUAUGUGAAGAAGAAGAAAAACAAAUUACCACAAGAUCACCCAAAAGAAACCAGAGAGUUGCCAUGGUUCCACAGAAGUUCACAGUAACAAUGCCAACACCAGACAAAAAAGCAUCACAGAAGAUUGGAUUACGGCUGCGUAACUUGCUAAAACUUCCUAAAGCACAUAAAUGGUGUAUAUAUGAAUGGUUCUAUUCAAAUAUAGAUAAGCCAUUGUUUGAAGGUGAUAAUGACUUCUGUGUCUGCCUAAAAGAAUCAUUUCCCAAUUUGAAAACAAGAAAAUUAACAAGAGUGGAGUGGGGGAAAAUCAGAAGAUUGAUGGGAAAGCCAAGAAGAUGUUCUUCUGCAUUCUUUGAAGAGGAAAGGUCAGCAUUAAAACAGAAACGGCAAAAAAUUAGACUUUUGCAGCAGCGAAAGGUGGCAGAUAUAUCCCAAUUUAAAGAUCUUCCAGAAGAAAUUCCAUUGCCACUAGUUAUAGGAACAAAAGUAACAGCACGGUUACGUGGUGCCCAUGACGGACUCUUCACAGGACAGAUAGAUGCUGUAGAUACUCUUAAUGCUACAUACAGAGUAACAUUCGAAAGGACAGGGCUUGGAACGCAUACAAUCCCAGACUAUGAAGUCCUUAGUAAUGAACCUAACGAAACCAUGCCUAUUGCUGCCUUCGGACAGAAACAACGACCUUCUAGAUUUUUUAUGACUCCUCCUCGGUUACAUUAUACACCUCCCCUCCAAUCACCAAUUACAGACAGUGAUCCUUUACUCGGACAGUCUUCUUGGAAAAACAAAAUUUCGGGCUCAGAUAGUGAAACAUUGGGUGGUUUUCCAGUAGAAUUCCUUAUCCAAGUGACCAGAUUAUCAAAAAUUCUUAUGAUUAAGAAGGAACACAUAAAGCAGUUAAGAGAAAUGAACACAGAAGCAGAAAAACUGAAAUCCUAUUCUAUGCCCAUAGGUAUUGAAUUCCAGAGAAGAUAUGCAACAAUUGUUUUAGAUCUUGAACAGCUGAACAAGGAUCUAAACAAAGUUCUGCAUAAAGUCCAACAGUAUUGUUAUGAGCUUGCCCCAGAUCAAGGUCUCCAGCCUGCAGAUCAUCCCACCGAUCUAAGACGGAGAUGUGAAGAAGAAGCUCAGGAAAUUGUCAGGCAAUCAAAUACAUCAACAACAGGACAGCCUUGUGUUCAAAGUGAAAACCUGACUGAUUUAAUUGCUAGACUUACGGCAAUAUUACUACAGAUUAAGUGUCUGGCAGAAGGAGGUGAUCUAAAUUCCUUUGAGUUUAAAUCUUUAACAGAUUCAUUAAAUGACAUCAAAAAUUCUAUAGACUCUACAAACAUCAGUUGUUUUCAGAAUAAUGUUGAAAUCCACGUUGCACACAUUCAGAGUGGACUCAGCCAGAUGGGAAAUUUACAUGCCUUUUCUGCAAAUAACACCAACAGAGACUGAGAGAAGUGUCCACCUAGGCCCAAGUGUACAGAAUGUAAUUGUGGAAACACCGUCUUAUAUAAGCUUCACCAAAUAUCCUGACUGCUGGAAGACAAAGGAAAAAAGAGGAUAUUUUGAGACUGGUUGAGGUACUUCUGAAGAAACCAGCAUAAAAUUACCAGCAUCGCUAUAGACUUCAUCACUGGCUAUGCACAUACAGUAUCUUGUUUGAACACCUAACCCUUAGUUUAAAAAGUAUAUAUGUUGUUUUAAGCUGAAAGUUAUGCAGACAUGUUUUAUAUAAAGUAAGAAUAUUUUAAAUUGAAUUGCAGCUUAUUUUGUCAACUAUUAACAGAUGUGUUUUGAAAACAGUGAAAAGGAAGUGUCAUAGGCAUGGGCUUGCACUGACUUGUUCUUGAAAGCCAUAGUACUUAGUACUUGUGUCUUACUGCCUUUUGAAAGUGUAGUGAUUGGUAAAGCAGUGUGUGCAUUUCCUGUACCUGGGAAGUAGCAGCAGAGUAAGGUUUGCAAAGGAGUAGUAGUGGAUAGAUAGCUGUUGUACACUUGCUGAUACUGGGAAUCCUUGUAAAUCAGUUUAAAUAUCUCUGGAAUAUUUAAUUUAUCGUAACUUAUAAAAGUAAUCUAAUGAAGGAGUAGAAAAGAACUGCUGAAUUCCCAGAAAGUGGUAAUAAUUGCUAUUUCGCCUCCAUAAUGGGCAGAAAAAAAUAACUGAUAAUAUUUUUCAAUGAUUUGUUUGCACAGUUUUAAACUCAGUAUCUGGUUAUCAAAGAAUAGGAGUUUUACAAAGCAGUUGGAUAGUCCGUCCUCUAAACUGCCUAAAAAAAUAAAAAGCAAAGACCUGAGGAAUAUAUAGAAAUACCAAUCUUGUAAAAAGGGUAUAUUGAGUUGUUUAUUUAGUAUAGUCUUAUAAAACUUCAGUGUAAUAAAUUGUUUCCAGAUCUGAAUUCUCAGAUAGCUCUAGCAAUGUUUCGAUUCUUUAAUUCCUCAUAAAAUGAGGUCUUUUGUAUGUUAAUGUAUAAAGAAAAUAUAAACAAUUAUUUUCAAUUUAAAAUUUUGUAUAGUUUUAAAAAUGCUUCUGUAUUCCGUGUCUGUAUUUGUGCUGUUUCAAAACUUAACUGCAGAGUCUAUAUUUAGCAAAGCCUGUUCUUUUAAGAAAUGCAUAAAUCUUUUAUUCUCAUUGAUUUAUGUAAAUGGCAGUGUUUUAAGGCUUGAAGUAAUUUCCAAAUAUGUAGUGACUACAUAUUAAGAGGUGCAUUUUUGCUUGGAGAUGCAGGAAAUAUGGUAGAGAAAAUUUAGGUUUCUUUAAAAAUAUUACAGUACUUUCAUUUUUUUUUAAAUGACCUUUUGGUGGGUUUUCUAACUUUGGCUCUUCUUAACAGGAGAAAUGAGUUUGUUCAAUUUCUUUUUCCUUCCCAGAACAUAUUCCUCGUUUUAAUACCAGAAAAUGGAAUGUAGGAACGACUUCUAUACAGACAUAGUUCUUACCAUUUUCAUAACAGUGACCCGGACAUAACAUAAGUUGAAGCGUAUGCCUUUGUCCAAAACCAUUCAAAUGAAAAUGCUGCUUUUGCACACAAAAAUCUGCAACCAUUUCUUUUUACUGAUAAUCUUAAGUCUUUCUUCUACUUCUGCCAAGAAAUAUGUUAUUCUCAGUUCCUUGUACAAAGUCUCAAAGGAAUGUAAUGUCAAACUUCUUUUACACAGAUCUUGUAAAAUGAAAUGAAACACCCUGUACUUUUGGGAAGCUAUAGGUUGGAAAAAGACUUGAAGGCACACAAUAAUUUAUAUCCCACUCUUCAUCCACAAAGGCUCUCAGGCUGGCUUAAAGGCUGUUUAAUUAACAGUUCCCUGCCCUCAGGCUGACAAUCUAAAUAAGGCACAAUAUACAAGGAAAAGGGAAUUGAAUACUACUGUAUAAAAAUUACCAGUCUUUAGACAGAAUCAAAGAUAAGUACCAGUAUUUUGCUGGCAUGAUAUGUUGCUUUUUUACUUCCAGUGGAAAGUAGGUCCUUGGUCCAAGACUUACAUUGCUGCUUGAGAGGACAGAAUACUGGAUUUAAUAUACCAUAGUUAAUGUUUGUUAUUGUGUGCCUUCAAGUCAUCUUCAACAGGCAAAUCUAUCACAAUGUUUUCUUGGAAAUAUUUUUUCAAAGGGGUGUCUUGAUCUUCAUCUGGAUGAAUAUGGCUUGCCCAAGUUCACCUAGUGGAUUUCCGUGGCUGAGUGGGGAUUUGAUCUCCAGAGUCAUAGUCCAACACUUAAUCCAUUAUGCCUAGCUGGUUCUGUGAUAUAAUUAAGCAUUUGAUUAUUCAUCUUGGAAAGACUGAUUCCAAGAUACUACUUUUUCCUGCUGAAAACUAAUUUAAAGAAUUUGUAAGCUCUAAUAGAGACAAGGCAGGGUUCAUUUACACCAGCCCUGCACAACCUGUGGUCCUCUAACUGUUUUGGCCUCUGACUCCCAGAAUUCCUUAAAAGCUGGCUAGGGCUUCUGGGAGUUGGAGACCAAAACAGCUGGAGGGCUGCUGGUUGCGCAUGCCUGAUCUACACUGUAGAAUUAAUGCAGUUAGACAUCACUUGAACUGCCAUGGCUUGAUGCUGAGAAUCAAAGGAGUUGUAGUUUUACAAGGUCUUUAACCAUGUCUGCCCAAUAGUGCUAGUGUCUCACCAAUCUACAAAUUCCAGGAUUCCAUAGCAUUGAGGCAUUGCAGUUAAAGUGGUGCCAAACUAGAUUAAAUCUAUCAUGUAGAUGCAACCUGAGAUGAAUACUGUGAAUGUAAAAAGAAAGAGUAGACGAGGUCAAACAUCUACAUGUCCAACAUCUAUUCUGUUCCACACUCAGGAAAACAGGUCCAUCAUAUUAGCUUGAGCUUAAGAGUGGCUCCUUUGACUUGCCUGACUGCAUCAACUCCCAAAACAUUGUGUAUGCUGCAGCUGUCAGUUUUGAGUUUUGAGGAGAUUCCAUCUGAACACGAGGAAGAACUUCCUGACUGUGAGAGCCAUUCAGCAGUGGAACUCUCUGCCCUGGAGUGUGGUGGAGGCUCCUUUGGAAGCUUUUAAACAGAGGCUGGAUGGCCAUCUGUCAGGGGUGAUUUGAAUGCAACAUUCCUGUUUCUUGGCAGGGGGUUGGACUGGAUGGCCCAUGAGGUCUCUUCCAACUCUUUGAUUCUAUGAGUCUCCCAGCAGUCCUUCUCAAUCAAGAGAAAGGGGAGGACAUGUUUUCAGGAACGUUGUGGGUAGAUGUUGUAUAUUCAAGUAAGGAGAUCUGUUGCCCUUUGCAGUUUUAAGCUGGCUCUGUACUGUAGAAUUCAUGCAGUUUGACACCGCUAACUGUCAUGGCUCAAUGCUAUGGAAUCCUGGGACUUGUAGUUUAGUGAGGCACCAGCGCUCUUUAUCACGGAAGGCUAAAGACUUGUAAAAUGGCAACUCUCAUGAUUCUAUAGUAAGCCAUAGCAGUUCAGUUGCUAUCAAAUUGCAUGAAUUAUAUUGUGUAGAGGCACCUUUAUAAGAGUUCUUAAAGCCUGAGGGAAUUCUGCUUGUCAAAGUAUAUUAGGCUACAUGGAGCAAUGAGCUGGCUCCAUUUAAGAAAGUGUCAUACGUGAGAUCAAAAAGUUCGGUUUCCUGGUAGGGGUGUGUGUGUUUUCAUUCACAAGGAAAUGAACAGUAAAAAAAUGGCUUUGACUGAAGCA